AUGGAGUGUUCGCGGGCCAGUCCGACGCGGGUGCUCUCACUUUGGACACUUUUGCUUGGCAGCAUUAAUAUUGCAGGACUCCGGCCGGGCUCGAGUGUCAGGGCAGAAUCUCUAGACGCGAUAAAAGUGUCGGCGGUGUCUGGCGGCGACGCGGUCCUUCCAUGUGACACUCGGUCGCCGCAGCCUCCCGACGCUCUAUUAUUGGUCGUCUGGUACAAAAAUGAUGUGCCUAUAUACAGUUAUGAUGGGCGAGUCAAAGGCCCAUCAGCGCACUGGGCAGACGACGUUCUCGCCGGUCGUGCGAGAUGGAACCCUUCGAACUCACAUUCAUCAUCAUCAUCACUACGCAUCCGCGAUGUCCUCGCGACAGAUAGAGCUCUGUAUCGAUGCAGGGUUGACUUCAAAGUAUCUCCAACGAGAAAUCACAAGAUUGUACUCGACGUUAUAGAACUACCAGAAAAGCCCAAAAUAUUCGACGAGCUAGACAAAGAAGUGGUGGGCGUAGCUGGACCCUACAUAGAAGACACGAGUUUGAAACUUACCUGUGUUGUAAGUGGAGGUAAACCAAUGCCUAGACUACGCUGGUGGCGAGAUGACAAAGUUAUCGCUACUCUAGAGCCCAUCGAUGAUGGCUCAAGACUUAGUCUCUUGGAGCUGAGGAUACCGAAGCUUACGAGAGAAUAUUAUGAAGCAGUAUACACGUGUACUGCAGACAACACGAUGCAGGUCCCACCAUUAAGGGUCAAUGUACAGAUACAAUUGUACUUACGGCCAUUACUAGUGGAGAUACUAGCGAGAGAGCAACCUAUAUCAGUAGGUGUUGAGGCUGAACUCGCUUGCAGGGCGGUGGGAGCUCGGCCGCCUGCCAUUAUUACCUGGUUAUUAGAUGAUAAACAAAUGAUAGCUACUGGAGUUCAAAAGAAUUCUGAAGACAAGAACGAAACUGUGUCAUUUCUAAGAUGGACGCCGAGGAUGGAGCACGAUGGACGAGUGAUUACAUGUCGAGCAUCGCAUAUGAAGCUGGAGCACACUACCUUAGAAACAACUAUGACUCUAAAUUUGCACUAUGUGCCAAUAGUAGUUCUGCAGCUGGGCUCCAAACUAAACCCUAAUGAUAUCGAAGAAGGGGAUGACGUGUACUUCGAAUGUGUAGUUCGAGCCAACCCUCCCGCUUAUAAAGUAGUUUGGGAGCAUAAUGGACAAUUAAUGACGCACAAUCAAAGGGCUGGUGUAAUUGCCGGCUCUGCACAUUUAGCAUUGCAAGGUGUGUCGAGAGAGCAAGCGGGGAAGUAUGCAUGCACUGCAUCCAAUGUGGAGGGCGAUGGCAGAUCGCAGUCUGUGAUUUUACAAGUCAUUUAUAAACCAGUGUGCACGAACACAAUGACUGCAAUUGUUGGCGCCGCAUUCAAUGAAGCAGCUAAAGUGACAUGCGAAGUCGACGCUUUCCCUCCACCAAAGAAUUUUCAAUGGACAUUGAACAAUUCAUUGGGAACUGUGGAAUUGGAACCGGGCAAGUUCACAAUCGACAGCGCAGGACGGUCCAUCCUUACUUAUAUUCCAACAACAGAAGCUGACUAUGGUUCCCUAGCUUGUAGAGCUACGAACCUUGCUGGACAACAAAUAAAUCCGUGCCGGUAUACUCUACUACCAGCUGUAAGACCAGAUCCACCAUUCAAUUGUACUGCGCAAAACUUAACUGAUGAUUCAGCAGAAUUAAGAUGUCUACCAGGUUACGAUGGCGGAUUGCACACAAUAUACUUCGUAGAAGCAUGGGAAGCGGGCACUCUUAUAGCGAAUGCUUCUACACCAACGCCAAUAUGGAAGCUCCGUGGAUUAGGCUCUGGGAAAGCAUUGAAAUUAAUAUUCUACGCUCAUAAUGCAAGAGGAAGAUCAGAAGUUACCACAUUGAGGGUGCAUACGUUAUCCAGAUUAGCGUUGCAUACGGAAGCGAAGACAAUCAACAGUGGGAGUAUGGAUGCUAGUUGGGCAUUAGGCAUCGUAGCUGGUACUGGAGGUACCUUAGCCGCGGUAGCUGUGAUUGCUCUAUUAGCUAGAAGACGGCAUCACAGACCUUUACAAUAUGAAGCUCCAAUACAAACUGUGAAGGCUUACAAAGGAACGAUACAAAGCAACAACCACUCUCCAAUGCAGCCUGAUGACAAGAAUCCCGAUGUUGUACCACUUGGCAAAGAUUAUAACUGCACACGUGACUUGGAACGGCCUCCCGAGCCGCCACCUUACGGGGGUGUGGUGUCGCCCCCCGUGGGGUCAUCUAGAAGCACGCAUAGUUUGCAACAACAUGAAGUGAGGUCAAACACACCCCACACCCCGAAUACACCAGCGUCUGAUGCUCAGAGCAUUGGGACACUGGCGGAGGAUAGGCGAAGCGUGACGAGCGGUACGCUGUCGAGGCGAAGGGAGGUGGUCACCACACGGACGCCGUUGUUAGCGAAUGCAAGAGAAAGCUGCGUUUAG